AUGUCGGACAUUGAGGAAAAAUCGACCAAAUCGUCGAUUCCUAAACUUGACGAUCUCAAUUAUCCGUCGUGGUCAGUAAGGAUGAAAGCAUACCUUUGUAGCAAAGAUCUCUGGGAAAUCUGCGCUGGCGAGGUAACUCCAGCUAAAAAGAAGAGAAAUGAAACCCUUAACACUAUUAUCAGCCAUCUCAGCAAAGAAGCUCUAGAUUCUACCGUUACUCCUGAAAACAAAGAGAACCCUGAUCUUCUCUGGGCUUCCAUCGUGGAACGCUACGCUUCUUCAUCGGUCAACAAUAAAGCCCGCAUUUGGUUGAAAUGGAUGCGUUAUGAAUUCAAUGGCAAUCUCAAUAGUUACCUUGCCAACUGUCAAAAGAUGAUUAGGGAAUGCGCACUUGUUCAACUUGGCAUUCCCGAUGAUAUAAUUUUGACUUCUAUUUUGGCAAAACUUUCCAAAGACUAUUGGAAUGUUGUUGACAAUAUCAUUAUGAAUGAAGCCAUUAUCUUCUUUCCUAGUCGUACUCUCAAGAAGUUAAGGGAACUUGUCUAUAUGAAAGACACUCGUGUCUCAGGUGUCUCAAAGGUCAAACCUACUCCUAAAAAUCAAGUCGUUGGUCCUUCCGCUUAUAAAUCUGAAGUCGAUUCCAAAUCUAAAAAAUCUGAUAAGCCAAAACAACCACCAGCUCAUCCCUCUUUGUCCUAA